AUGGCGGCGCCUUCUGCAGUGUCGCUGCCGUGCGCAGGUCCUUGCGGACCAUCCUUCGCUUCGCUGUGCGAGGCGGAGAAAGGGGCGCUGCCUCUCUCCUCUCAGAAAACUUUUUCGCAGCUCUCGUCCAGCGGCGAAGGAGCAGACGGCUUUCCUCUCCUGCUCGACUCGCAGCCAGGCACGCAGGUCGUGGCUGGCGGCGUGGACGCAGCGCUUUCGGGCUCGAAUGAGAACGCGCCUCCAUCGCCCUCCUCUUCGCAGGGGGGAGGCCUCCCCGCCUCGUUCCCUUCCGCUUCUUCGCCUCCGCGGCUGCUGCUUCUGCGGGAGUGCGAGAGCGACCGAAAGGCUGACUCGCUCGCGCCUCGCGCCCUGAACCCCGAAGACGCGAGCCGGACGCCGCCGCCGCCUCACCUCUCUCAGAGCGCGCGGAAGACCUGUCCCUCGUCGUCCUCCUUCGCGUCCUCCGUCGCGUUCUCCUGCGGCGCAGUCGAGGCGCGCGCGCCGGCCGCGCUGGCGGGUGCACAGAGCUCCGGCGGCGGCUGGCACCUCUCGUCGCCUUCCCUGAGUUCGCCGUCGCUCGAGGAGAUUCGCGUGCGCCUGCGGCUCUCCGCGAGUCGCCCGCAGACCGCGCGGGCCUCCGCAGCCUCCAGCGCCGCGCUCUUCCCCAGCUCCGCGCCUCCGGCCUCGCUGUUGGGCGCCGAGGCGCAGCCGGGGGGGCUGGGCGGCGCGGACGCGCCGCUCACGUCGCCCGUCACGCCGACGCGUGAGGGCCUCUUUGGCCGCGGCAGCACCGGCGCCUGCAGCUCCACUGCUGCCUCGUGUGGCGGGCGGCUCUUUGCGCGCUCAUCCUGCUCUUCUCUCCUUUCCGCGUCCGCCGGCGGCGCCAGUCUCCUCGGCUACCUCGGCGCGGGCGACGAGAAGGCUGCGCGCCCCCCCCUGACGGGCGCCGCCUCGUCGCGCGCGUUUGCAGACCUCCGCCUCGGCGACGCGCUGCCCUCCUUCUCGCAGCCCGAGGCUUCCUCGCAGGCCCGCAGCGCCCGCGAGAGCCGCCCCCGCAGCUGGGAGCCUACUGGGCUCGGAGCGGUUGGAGAGAGGGACAGCUGCGGCGCGCGGAGCCCCGAGGCAGAGUGCGACGUGCGCGAACCCGACAGGCCGCGGCUGUGGCCGUGCGACUCCGCCCUCUGUGACGGCGCGCUGAAGCCGCCCGCGACGGGCGUGUUGGGCGCGCUCUUCGGCUCCCGCGAGCUUCAGCUGGGCGAGCACGACAAAGCAGAUCUCGUCGUCAUCACGCAGGAGCUUCUAGCUUACUUGGAAGUCGUGGAGAAGUUCAGGCAGCGCGCAGUCGACGAGGCGCAUCGUCUGCGGCAGUACAGCGCGGAGCUCGGCGCGAUGCUUCAGCAGGCGAAUCAGCGAGAAGAGCAAAGUCACCGCGAACUCGCUCGCCAACACGGCGUGCUGACCUCUUGCCAGACGCGCAUUCAGGAGCUACGCAACGACUCCGAGUCUGCUAUCAACGACCUGACGCUCCAACGCGACACACUCGCCGAACGGCUUCGAGUGACUUCUGUCGAGCUCGAGCACGCCCUGAAGGAAAACGAGCGCAUGCGCCUCGAGCGCGAGGCGCAGGAAAUCUCCGUCAGGGACUGUCAAAACAUUCGCAAGGCGUACUCCCUGGUUGAACAAGAGAAGAAACAACUCCAAGAAGAGGUCGAGUCGCUGCGUUUGCAGUGCUCCAAGAGUCAGAGCGAGCGAAACGCGAUGCUGGCUGAAGUGCAUCACCUGCAGCGUGCGCUGUGCGCCGAGGAGGCGUCUCUGCGAGACUACGCGCGCCUUGGAGGGCGUGGCGGCCUUUGCGGCGACGCGCAGACCGACGCCGGACGACUCGAAGCGGCGCGAGUCGAGGAAGGCCGCGAGGACGGCGUGGAGGAGCUUCUCAAAGAGCUGCUGCAGACGAAGGCGCCCGCCGAGGGCGCCGACGCCCACGAUAACGCAGUGACGCACGAAAAAGCGGAAAAGCUCAUGGGCAUCUUCAGAAAACUGCGUUCGGAGCGCAAUGAAUAUUACGGAUACGCCGUGGAGCUGCUGAAUCGCCUAGACAGCGCCGAGCAAACGCAGGAGGCUACCCUCGCGGCGGCGCUCUCUUCACCGGGCUCCGCGACCCCCGUGCGCAGCGACGGUUCCUCCGCCGGAGAAUCCCGCCACGCCGACGUGCGCAUGGACGGAUAA